AGAUAUUUUCCUUUUGAUUUCUGAGAGAAAUUGCGAAAAGCCCCCAAAAACUCAGGAGCCAUGGUGAGGCGUCAUGGAUGGCAACUCCCUGCUCACACUUUUCAGGUUAUUGCUAUCACAGUAUUCUUCCUAUUGGUUGUUGCAUUCUAUGCCUUUCUUGCUCCUUUUCUUGGGAAACACGUCUUUGAAUACGUUGCUAUCGGCGUGUAUUCACCUGUGGCACUUGUGGUUUUUAUCCUUUAUAUUCGAUGUACACGUAUUGACCCUGCUGAUAUUGGAAUCAUGGCUAAGUUCGAUGAUGAGAUUGUCAGUAAACCGAACAGCAACCCAAGAUUACAAAGCAUAAACCUACCUGCUAAUUUGGAUACCAACAGAAGUGGUAUACAAUCUUCUCCAUCUUCAAUGUGCAGAAGCUCGCUAGAUGGUGAUUACGAUGGAAAAGUUCCAGGCAAAGAGGAUGUAAUUGGUUUACCAAGAGCUCCUCCAAGAAAGAGGCCAUCAUCUUGCUGCUUGGUUGGAGGAGUGUUAUGUAUGAUAUUUGUCAAAGAUGACUGCAGGACAGAGGACAUUGCUAGUAGAGAAGAUGCUUUAUUUUGUACAUUGUGCAAUGCUGAGGUCGGUAAAUUCAGUAAACACUGCAGAAGCUGUGAUAAAUGUGUUGAUGGAUUCGAUCAUCACUGUCGGUGGCUUAAUAACUGUGUUGGGAGGAAAAAUUAUGUGACGUUUAUCUCUCUUAUGGCCGCCAGUCUCAUUUGGCUCGUAAUUGAAUUUGGAGUUGGUGUUGCUGUUUUCGUGCUCUGCUUUGUUGAUAAGAAGGGAACCGAAAGUAGCAUUGUCGAUAAGCUUGGAAAUGGUUUCUCUCGUGCUCCUUUUGCUACUGUGGUGGCCGUUUGUACUGUGGUUUCCCUCCUGGCUUGUAUACCACUGGGAGAACUAUUUUUCUUCCACAUGAUAUUGAUUAAAAAGGGAAUAACAACCUACGAAUAUGUUGUGGCAAUGAAAGCCAUGAGUGAGGCACCACCAGCAUCUGCUGAUGAGGGUCCAAACCCUCUAUAUUCACCGACCAAUUCAGCAACAACAGGGCUAAGUAUUGGAAGCUCUCUCGGUCUCCAGUAUAAAGGUGUCUGGUGCACUCCUCCAAGGGUUUUCGUGGAUCAUCAGGAUGAUGUGAUUCCCCAUCUUGAGCCUGGAAUGGUUCCCUCCACCGUGGAUCCUGAUGCUGCCGGUCAAGCAGCACGAGCUGCCAAGGCCAAAAAGGCUGUAAAGAUCAGUGCAUGGAAGCUCGCCAAGCUUGAUGCUGGCGAGGCUGUCAAGGCUGCAGCAAAAGCCCGUGCCUCCUCCUCGGUCCUCCGCGCCAUUGAUGGUCGUCGCCAGAUCCCCACUGACGCUGCUUCCACUGACUUUGUCUCUAGCGACAACGCAAGUAUCAGAAGCAGCAUGAGCUUGGACUAUGGGGCUCAUAUGGAUCUAAAGACCGACACGAAGCUCUCUCCCCUUCGCAACUCUUAUCCUCAGAGUCUUGCAAGUAGGGAGGAUUAUGAGACACACACACCAACUGCAAGUAGCAUCAGCAGCCCAGCUAGGAGCCUGAACAUGAAUGCUAACCCUAACCAUAACCCGAUGCCAGUUCAUCGCCCCCUGGUCCCUGUCCCCAACCGGCCUUUGGCUUCAGUCCCAGAUCGACCUCUUGGUCCACGAGGGACUCUUCCAAGGGCUUCAGUUGUGUGGGACCAAGAAGCUGGUCGUUAUGUGUCGGUGCCGCCUCCAGCGAUAUCUAACAGAGCGGAAACUGCUAGGGAUUCGGUUGCAAACCCCAGGCAGAAUCCUCGUGUGCUUGGACCUGAGAGGUUGAUGUACACUGGGCAGUCGAUAUUCUUUGGUGGGCCUCUUCUCGGUGCAGCAGCCAGAGAUGGGCGGAGAACUGAGGGGAGUGCUGGAUUGAGACCGGAGACUGAGAGGGAUCAGAAUGCAGGCCGAAAUGAAGGACGAGGCGACUCAUUCCCUGUGUUUGUUCCUGGAGGAUUUCAAAGCAAUUGAUCUCUUAAAGCCAUUUACAACCAUUUUGAGCUAACUCGAACAGUUUUGAGGGAUUCAAGGUUCUGUGAUCCAGAAUGCAGCCCAGGACUCGAAAACAGAAGCCUCACCUCCGAUACAAUGAGAUGCUCUAUCGCGGAAUCAAAAGCGACUAACUUCUUCUGCUGAUUCUUGUUUUGGCCAAGAACAAUCUGAUUUCAAUCCUCUGAUGUAACAUAUUUCCUUGCCUGUAAAUCAACCAGUAUUCUUCUGAUCCACAUCAGUAGGUAGGAUUAGGUAGUUUCUGUUGAAGGAUUUCAAGGAUUCUUUUGCUGAUUCUCUAUGAACGAUUUCUCUUCCUCAGCAAAAUUGUUUAUGUUGCGGUUGAUUUCUGCACGAAAUAUGAUGUUUUAUGCAUGUGUGUGCAUGUGGUAAAAUGCUACCUUUCGGUAUUAUUUUUUCCCCACUCAUCAAGUAAAUGUCAAGGGUUACCGUUUA